AUGGCCAGCCGCAUGUCUCCUCGUAGCGAUGUGGCGGCUUCCCCGGCCCUCGAGUCUUCCGCCUCCAUGCCACGGCCGAUCAGUUCGAUGGAGCCCACUCCCCUCGCCCCGGAAUAUGUGAAAUUGGAGGAUUCCCCCACGCCGUCCGGGUAUACCGAUAUUGCGACUCCGGAUGCCCCCAGCACCGCGUCGGCGGGGCGCAAGCGCAAGUUGAACAGCACAUCCGCUCGGGGCGUCGCCAACCUCACCCCCGAGCAAUUGGCGAAGAAACGCGCCAACGACCGCCAGGCCCAGCGAGCCAUCCGCGAGCGCACCAAGGCCCAUAUUGAUUCCCUCGAGCAGCGCGUGCAGGAGCUGUCCUCCCAGAAGCCGUUCCUCGACCUGCAGGCCGCUCUGAAGCAAAACGAAGCCAUCCAAGCGGAGAAUCGCGAGAUCCGUCAGGCGUUGAAGGCGGUCAUGGAUAUCAUUCAGCCCUUGGUCGGGAAGCCGUCGGAAUCGUGCAACACUGUCACUCCCAAUGUAGCUGCGACAGCUCGCACCACGCCCAAGGUCCCUUCGCUUUCAGCAACCCCGAACUUCUUAGAGAACAGCCCCUACCCUCAAAAGGUCCCUCACUACGACAAUACCUAUACGGAGUCCAUUCCGAGCGUCGGGACUCCCUCCUCCACCCAUUCCGCGCCCGUGCUGGGCGGCACAACCUCCCUUCGGCGGGAAGGCUUGAGUUCGGGCACGUCGUUCCGAAUUGCCUUCGACUAUCAGCGACAUAAUCUCGCGCACGGGCUCGACUUCGGUUCUGAUGAGCGGAUGGGCUUCAACUUCCUCCUGGAUGCUAGCCACCAGGUGCCCCGGGUUGACAUCUUCCGUCACUCUUCGGACAACCUGCGGCCUGGCUUGAGUGCCCCAUCGAUGUACGGAGCUCCGUUCUCUCAGGGACCGGGGCCCGAGCCGCCAAUGACCGCCUACGCGACCCCGAUCCGAAAUAUUCCGCCAACAUGCACGCUGGACGCCAUCUUGCUGGACUUCCUCCACCACCGACAGCGGGAGGCCGCCCAGGGCGUGCCCAAGCAGAAGCUGGUGGGGCCGCCCUAUCCGAGUGUGUCCUCCCUCCUCAAUCCGGAGAAGAGCGUGUAUUCGCAUCCACUGUCGAAGGUCUUUACGGAUAUCCUGCGCACAUUCCCGGAUAUCUCGUCGCUGCCGGAGCAGGUCGCCGUGCUGUAUGCGAUGUUCCUUCUCAUGCGAUGGCAGAUUUAUCCGACCCAGGAGAAUUAUGAGCGCUUGCCGGAGUGGCUCUCGCCGCGACCGUCACAGCUGCUGACGCCUCAUCCAGCCUGGAUGGACUACCUUCCGUGGCCGCGCAUGCGCGAUCGCGUCGUCAUGUCGCAUCAAGAUUAUUCCUUUGAGAACUGGUUUAUCCCGUUUACCCGCACGCUGUCGGUCAACUGGCCCUAUGAGGCGACCGACUGCCUCCUCUCGACGGGGGAUGACAAUGAGCUCAUCAUCAACCCCGUCUUUGAGCGGCAUAUAACGAAUCUCAACAACUGGUCGCUGGGCCCGGCGUUUGCCGAGGCGUACCCGAACCUGGUUGAUACGACCAAGAUCCGAAAUACCCGUUGA